GGAAGAAGCAUGAUGGCGUGUAUUGUGACUGGGGCGAGGAGCAGGGCCUCGCCAUGACCGCCUCGCCCACGCCCCCGCCCACCCCACGCCCGCCUGCCCCACAGUCAUGGCCACCUAUGAUGACAGGCAGUGGAUCCUGGCACACAUACAGAACUCUUACGUGACCAGCGAUGACACAGGACUGUGUGAAGUGGUGGUACAGGUGGAGCCAGCAGCCGCCCCGGUGGCUGAGUUUCCCUGCCUUGCAGACACUGACUCUCCACCGUAUAUGCAUGAAGAUCCACCGCCUCACUCUCUUGACAUUGCUUCAGAUAUGGACUUUGUGGGUCAUCGGCAGAGGUCUUACACUGCCCAAAGGUUGGAGAUUAUGCGUAAAGAAAAAAAGAAUGCCUCUAAAGUCAAGAGAGUUCUGUGGAGGCAUAAUCCAGCUCCAGUUGAUGAAACGGAGCUGAACGAGCUGUUUUCCCGUAAAGCUGUGAUAACUUCUAACAGUUGCCCCGACUCGUCUGCAACUCGACAGACACCAGUUUCUCUCCUCUCCCGUCUGAUACAGCAAUAUCCUGAUGGUCUUAAUAAUCCAUUUAUUGAAUAUGCAAAGUUUGAUGGCACGACUCAUACAAAUAUUCAAGCCCGUUGUAUCAAUAUUUUUCUGCUGUUUGGGGAUAACCCUGUAUCAAGCUAUCCAAUGGUUGUGUCUGUUGUUAACUGCCAUCAAGCACGGGUAAUUGAUCUCAUCGGCCUCAUUUGCUGGCUGUAUACCAAAGAAAAUAGACAACCACCUCUAAGGGGUGGAGUUGAGCGAUAUGCCCUUCACAUUGCGGAAGAAGAUGGCCAGGUUGACUGGGACUUCCAGGCUUUACGUAACCGGGAUGUAAUUGACAAAUUUGGGUUCAAUGUACUAGCUCUAGUCGAGAAGAAGGAUUUCCGUGAACCAUCACAGGACAUCGUAGUCACGUUAACUGUAGCUGGGGGAGCAUUUAGCAAAAUAAUGGUAGAGAAUUAUGAUAUUACUUUGAAAGAAAUUCUCAAUCGAACAAUAACGAAGAGAAAAGACAUGGUUAAAAUAAUAGAUGCUGGCUUGGAUUACCAUUUGGAAAAAGAAGAUGAACCAGGCAUAGCAUUGGAUUUGGAGAAAACCUUAGCCGAUAUAAAUUGCACGGAAUUUGCUGUCGUACGAGACAACAGUAAAAGAAUCGAUACUCCACAGGACUUGAAUAACAUGUCGACAGUGGAAGCAACCCUUUAUCGCUCAUACAAAGUUAUGUGGCUGCUUAAGUUUGGAAAAUGUGAAGCCUGUCUCGGAAUUUCUGGAGAAAAGCUUGAGAUCCACCCAUUACAACAGAAGGUAGGGGGAGCAUUCUUGCCCCUUCGCUCUCCUCACCCGGUGACUUAUAACAUGGAAUUGGUGGUUGACUGCAGUCGCAAGGCUGAGAGGAAAGGCAAAAUGGAGAUCCAGGUAACAUGCCAAGGGGAGAACCGGUUUAAGGAUUAUGUGUUUGAGUGCGAAACAAAAAUGGGUCAGGAAAUUUUAGACAAAUGUAAGCAUAUCUUUGAUCUCCGCUCGAGUUCGGCACGCAAGGAGUUUUGGCGGGAGAAGAAGCCAUUCAGGAGACACAACAGCCUCUCGAUGAGAAGAAGGCCUCGAACUGAAAAUCAUGUGAAUGAAGUGUAAUUUGACGUACAGUAUUCUGCUUGAAGAUAACGACUUUCGGUGAUUUUAAGAUGUGAUAUACACGACAUUCCACAUCAGGUGUACACACUCUUCUCACUUUGAUGUGUUUGAUUUAGCUUUAAAUUUGCUGUAAAUUGGUUGCUCUCAAUAAGGUAAGUGAAUUAUGCAAAUUACUGCCCAGAGGCAAACAUUUCUUCAGAUAUGACCUUGUGAAAAUUUAUACCUCUUGGCGUUUAUUUGAUUUGAUUUGAUUAUUUAUUUGAUCGUCUCUUGCAAAUACAUCCGGCUCUAAUUGACCCAUAAAAUUGAAUUUUGGGCUGGUGAAUGUUUGUUAGAAAUUGGAUAGAAAUAGUUAAUUAGGAUGACCCUUGACCUUCAGUGGUGCAACAGAGGCCAAGGCUUAUGUAUAGCACAUCAUAUUAAUUACAAAUCAUGUGUUUUGUUAAAUACUAAUCUCGAUGAAAAUAAAGCAGCUAUGGUUUCAUUUGAUAAACCAGAGUGAUUCAAAGUAUUUUCCUUUGCAUUGGGUUUUAAUUUUCAUUUUUGUUACCAUUAAUAUAGUAAUUCAUUUUGCCAGGGGAACAGGCAGCCUUUGUAUAUACAGUAUACAAGUUAAGGGCUAUAUCAAGGUCUCCCUAAGGUCGAUCUACUGACUCUCCCUCAGGAUGCAAGCCCACAACAUCUGCCUAACUCUCGGGCACCUACCGUAUUUGCCACCGUAAAAGACACACCCUUGCAUAGGACACCCCUAUUUUACAAGGAUAUU